AUGUCGGACGAUAUGUCUCUCCCCGCUCUCUUCGAGGCAACGCGCCUGGACGCUCAACCAAAAGAUUCACCCAUCCAUCUCACCAUCGCUAGGAUUCAGCACUUCAAGCACCCUGCUCCACAAACAGUAUCCUCCCUCACGCUUCCUGUCGAGCUGCGGCUGCAGAUCUACAAGUACGCCAUACCCGCCAUGCCAUAUGAUCUGCCAUAA